CGUGAUUUGCAUAAACCGUCGUAUUAGCGCAGCACCUUUGGCAAGAUGCGUUUCCAGAGUUCGGUUCCAGCAGCAACUCGGUGGCUCCGGUGGCGUAAGAACGCACAACACGGUUACAGUACGCAGGCAGCUGAUACGCCGCAGUUUCCUCUGGAGGGCAUCAAAAUCCUCGAUCUAACCCGGAUCGUAGCCGGACCGUACUGCACCAUGGUGCUCGGCGAUCUGGGGGCGCAGGUGUACAAGAUCGAGCGGCCAUUCGGUGGCGAUGAGUCGCGCAAAUGGGGCCCACCGUUUUUGCCCAACUCGAGCGACUCCGUGUAUUUUAUGGCGGCGAACCGUAACAAGAAAAGUGUCUGCGUUAAUCUGAAAACGGGCCGCGAGGUGAUUUACGAUCUGGCCCGGAAGUGUGAUGUACUGGUCGAGAACUACGUUCCCGGCAAGCUGGACGAGUUUGGACUGGGCUACGAUACGCUCAAAUCGAUCGCCCCAUCAUUGGUGUACUGUUCCAUCACCGGGUUUGGCGCGGUCGGACCGUAUCGGUCGAAGCCCGGAUACGACGUGAUCGCGGGCUCGAUGGGCGGACUGUUGCACAUCACCGGCAGUGAGAAUGGUCCACCGGCGAAGGUCGGCGUAGCGAUCACGGACAUCGCGACAGGCCUGUUCGCCCACGGAGCUAUUUUGGCCGCGCUGUUACAACGCUACCGCACCGGAAGGGGCCAAAAGAUCGACGUGAACCUGUUCUCGACGCAGGUGGCCUGCCUUAUUAACGUGGCGAGCAACUACCUCAAUGCGAACCGCGAAGCAAAGCGCUGGGGAACGGCCCACGAGAGUAUUGUGCCGUACGAGGCAUUCGAAACCCGGACGGGCUACAUUACGGUCGGUUGUGGCAGUGAUGCCCAGUUUGUUGAUCUCUGCCGGUUUCUAGGGGUCGAGGAGUUGGCGCAGGACGAACGGUUCGUCAGCAACCCGGCACGUGUCGCCCACCGGAAGGAGCUGAUUGAGUUACUGGGAAAGAUUAUAAAAAGAAAAACUUCUGCCGAAUGGAUGGACCUGUUCGAUGGGGCUUCGUUUCCCGUCGGACCGAUCAAUGGUAUGCGGGAGGUGUUUGCAGAUCCUCACCUGCAGGCGAUCGGUCUGGUAAAAACUCUGCAGCAUCCGACGGCGGGUGAAGUGAAGCUAGUUGGACCUCCGGUCGUGUACGGAGAGUCGAGGAACGAGAUCCUCUCCGUUCCACCUCUGCUCGGCCAACACACGGACGAAGUGUUGCGCGGAUUGCUCGGUUACGGGGACGAGCAGUUGAAGCAUUUGAGAGAGACCAAAGUAAUCCAAUAA